UUGAUAUAUGUGUAAGGAUGAUUAUUAUAUUUUAUGUUUGAUUCAAGAUAGUGUAUGUAUUUUUCUGCUAUAUAAAUCACUCGAUGUGCAGACCACUAAUAUAAUUGUAUCAAAACCUUCGUUGAUAACAUACAAACAAUUACAAAAAUCGUAUUCCGAUUCACUUGAAUGUUCUUGUUCAAAUAUUGCAAUACCAUUUCAAAAAUUUGUCACAUGGUCACCAAGACUUCAUCAAUUGUGUACAAGUGAUUUUAUCACCGAGAACUGGAUCUCUUUAGUAUCGCUUACUCAGCUAGGGUGGUUGGGAUGGGAUGAAACAAAUUGGUUUGGUUUCAGUGGUACACAUUUUCGUUUUUUAUCCACUCUAUGUCAAUUAGCUAACAAAACUGUAACUGAUGCUAUUGAUCGAUUUGAUAUACAAUCGUUCAUUACACUCAAUGUUACUACUGAAACUAGUUUUAAUAUUCAGUUAGAUAUAAUUGUCAAUGAAUUCGCUCAAUCGUUCAUCACAAAUUUUGAUCUUCUUAUUCAGACAGUACAACUACUCACUCAAACAGACCAACCUUAUACAAUAGAUCGCAAUGCAGUUUUAUUUUAUUUAACAACACAAGAUGAAAUCAAUGGUGCACAAUAUGCUCGGGUUGGAUUUCAAUUCACUGGUCCGGUAAACCCCGAGACCAAGAGUGUAUCAUGUAUCUGUGCUACAGAUCCUCAUUGUCAAACACCAGUUUUUGAUCCUGUGAAUACGACGAUACUAUCUACUGCUCAUCAAUUUUCUGAAGUAAUAGGAACAAUGCAAAGCUGUUAUGUUGUUGAUUCUGUGCUGCUGUCAACACUUGAAUGUUAUUACUUACAUUCGUGUGUAUCCAUCCUCUAUAAAUUCAUAAACAGCAUAUUCAACGACUUUGAUUCAGGUAUCUCAUAUUUCGAUGUUAAUAUUCUUGUUAAUAAUUCAGCAUCGAGUCGUUUUCCUCCAAACACAUCACUUUCAACAAUAGUCAAAGCAUUACUGGUUGAAGAAUGGAAUCCAGUAUUUUCAUUUGAUCAAUAUUAUGAACAAUGUACCCCUAGCAAGUGUACUUAUUCACAGGAAGUACGUACUACUGAUUUUCUUGGAGUAAUAAUAUUUGUGAUAUCGAUAAUCGGUGGUCUCAUUGCUGGUGUACGAUUAAUUGCAUCUUUACUGAUUAAAAUGAUUGCCGUUUUAUGGAAGAUCAAACGGCGACCAAAGGUACCACAACAACCAGCAUCGUCACUAUCAUUCAGUCGAAUAAAGCAAAAUAU